AAUCGGCAAGCUCCCAGAGAAGCCAAAAAAGAAGGCAGUAACCAAGAAAGCUGUACCAAAGAAAACGUCGACCAAGAAGCCAACACUGAAAGACAAGAAACCCAAGGACAAGAAGGUUACGAAAAAGCCAAAGUCGGACAAGAAGGUUACGAAAAAGCCAAAGUCGGACAAGAAACCACAAGCUAAAAAUACCGCCACAAAGAAAUCAGAGAAAACUACCACUAAAAAGCCGGCUCAAAAGAAAACACCCAAAAAGGCUUCAAAACCAAAGAAGCCGACAACAAAGAAACACACCACCAAAAAAUAA